CAGUUGGCUAGAUCGAUUCCUGCUCUCGCCAUGUCCGAGACCGCGCCACCCGCUCCGGCUCCCUCCGCGGCCCCCGAGAAGCCUUCAGCCGGCAAGAAGGCGAAGAAGCCGGCGAAGGCCGCGGCGGCCGCCAAGAAGAAGCCGGCGGGCCCGUCGGUGUCCGAGCUGCUGGUGCAGGCGGUGUCCUCCUCCAAGGAGCGCAGCGGCGUGUCGCUGGCCGCGCUCAAGAAGGCGCUGGCGGCCGCGGGCUACGACGUGGAGAAGAACAACAGCCGCAUCAAGCUGGGCCUCAGGAGCCUGGUGAGCAAGGGCACCCUGGUGCAGACCAAGGGCACCGGCGCCUCGGGCUCCUUCAAGCUCAACAAGAAGGCGGCCUCCGGCGACGCCAAGCCCAGCACCGCGAAGGUGGCGAAGCCCAAGGCAACGGGCGCUUCUAAAAAACCUAAGAAGGCCACCGGUGCUGCCGCUAAAAAAGCUGUCAAGACUCCAAAGAAGGUCAAGAAGCCGGUGACCAAGAAGGCCUCCAAGAGCCCCAAGAAGCCGAAGGCUGUGAAGCCCAAGAAAGUAGCCAAGAGCCCGGCCAAAGCCAAGGCGGUGAAGCCCAAGGCGGCCAAGGCGAAGGUGACCAAGCCGAAGACGGCGGCCAAGCCCAAGAAGGCAGCGCCCAAGAAGAAGUAGUUCCUGUUGGAACUUCGUUCCAAUAACCCAACGGCUCUUUUAAGA